AUGUACCAAGAGCUAUUUAGGAAACUGAGGGAAGAGAGGAAUCAUUGCUUUAGAGUUAAACAAAAUCUUGCUACAACUAACGUUGAAUUAACAUUAAGGGCUCGAGCAAGAGAUGUAACAACUUCAUCUAAGUACUCAAAAAAUAAUAAAAACAAAUACGGCAAAGUCAAGGCACCUUACUGGAAAACCGUACAAGAGACAAUAAAAGCAGAUAUCAAUCAACUAAAGAACCAAGUAGGUCAAAUAUUGGAGGCCUUGAAGUCCUUAAAGGCCUCACGAGAAGCUUCAUCAGCAAAGGGUGAGGAAAACACUCACGUCGCUCUUGUUGCUUUCCCAGCAUACGGAUUGCCAUUUGGUUACACCCCACCUGUUGGAGAAUAUUCAGAGCCUGAGCAUGGUUCCUUCUCAUUCCCGAUCAAAACUUCAGAGAAUGAAGCGGUCACCUUUGGGGGACCCCAAAAGACUAUAAUGCCCAAGACUUUAAACACAACUAUCGGUGAUAACUCUUUGGAUAAGAUUACAUCACGCCUUACUAUGCAGGUCGUAUCCGUAGAUGUUGAGGGAACAAAAACUAAAUUGGAAAUUUUAGAAGAACGACUACGAGCUAUCGAGAGAGGUGGAAAUUAUGGGUUUGGCAAUGUUCCAGGUUUAAGCGUAGUUCGUGAUGUAACAAUACCUCACAAGUUUAAGGUUCUAGAGUUCAAAAAGUACAAGGGUACCACAUGCCCUAGAAGCCAUCUAACCAUGUAUUGUCAAAAGAUGGUUGCCUAUGCUUAUGAUGACAAAUUGCUAAUCCACUUCUUCCAAGACAGUUUGGCUGGGUACAAGUAUAACAUGAAUAUUGCGCUAGAUCGAUUGCAAUUGCAGAACAUGGCCAAAAGGGAUGCAGAAUCAUUUAAAGAGUAUGCCCAACGAUGGAGAGAGCUUGCUGCUCAGGUGGAGCCCCCUCUUCAUGAUAAGGAAAUUGUGGCAAUGUUUGUGAGCACGUUACAACCACUAUUCUAUGAACACAUGGUAGGGAAUGUAUCUUCAAUUUUCACUAAUAUUAUCAUCAUAGGUGAAAGGAUAGAGAUCAGGUUGAAGAAUGGAAAAACUGCAUAUAGCCCACUCGCGGCUACAACUCCUAAAAAGCUCAAUUUCAAGAAGGAAGUAAAAGUGCACGCAACGUCAAUAGUACCAAGGUGGGAAAACCAAGCCCACACUCAAACUACCCACCAAGCACAAUCUCCACAACAGGGAUUCAAUCAGCAACUACACGCCUCAAAUAACACUUGGAAAACUGAGGCUAACACAAAUCUCAACCAGUCUUUAGGGCAAAUUGCUAGUCCCAAAAGGAAUCAAGAAAGGAAUUUUAUUCAUUUCACUCCUAUUCCCAUGGCUUACACAGAGUUAUUACCAGAUCUACUCCGUAAUGCUUUAGUAGUCUUUUGCCCGAUGAAGCCAUUGCAACUGCCAUAUCCUAAGAAUUUUCAUGUAAAUGCCACAUGUGAUUAUCACGGGGGAGCCAUUGGUCACUCUAUUGAGGAAUGUUUGUCUUUUAAACACAAAGUGCAAACUUUAAUCGACUCAAGGUGGUUAAAAUUUCAAGAGAAUAAAUCCAACUUUAAGGCCAACCCCCUCUAUGGGCAUGAUAAUGCUUCGAUAAAUGCUAUGGAUCUCGAGGGACACAAGUUGGUGAAGAAUGUGAGCAAAAUUAAGAGUUCACGAAGGUUUAUUUUUGAGGCACUACUAACAGUAGGAUUGUUGGAAGGUGAGUAUAACUUAAAGGAUGCAUGCAGGUUCCAUCCAGGUGCUAAGCAUUCCAUCGAGGCGUGCGACAUGUUCAAAAAUUUUCUACAAAAUUUGAUUGACAAGAACUUCGUGCAAGUAUGGUAUGGGGAUAAAGAGGACAAAAGAAGGCUGGUAGAAGAAAAGAAGGAGCUAGGCCUAGCUCACAUAGAAGGAUGA